AGGGGCCAGAAUUUUCUUCGGAUUGCAGGCCUCCUAUAUCAAGAAAGCCAUACUGAGAAUGACGUCAAAAAAGCGUCCAUACUGCUAAAUGAGAGACGUUAGGAGCUCCUCCAUUGUACUGUCAAACCUGCAAGCGUAUUCGGAAUCAUAAUGUCUGCUGCACCCGGAACAGAAGUUGGACCUGAUGGCCAGCCUCCAGUUGUUGGAGGAAAUAGAAACCCGCAACAGAUGGCUGCCCAAAAAAGAUUGCAGCAAACCCAAGCCCAAGUGGAUGAGGUUGUUGGAAUUAUGCGAGUAAACGUUGAGAAAGUAUUGGAGAGAGAUCAAAAGCUUUCAGAACUUGACGAUAGAGCAGAUGCUUUGCAACAAGGAGCUUCACAGUUUGAACAACAAGCUGGCAAAUUGAAACGGAAGUUUUGGUGGAAGAAUCUGAAGAUGAUGAUUGUGAUGGGCGUCAUUGGGCUGAUAAUCCUCAUCAUUAUAAUAGUUUGGGCCACUUCCGGUUCUAGUAGUAGCAGCAUCACAGGAACGACGACAACCCUACCUUAAUUUGGCGACGUUUCUUGUUUGAGUUUACGCAUCCAUUAUCUUUUCGUUACUUGAGUUGUACUUGUUCCUUUUGUUAAUUACGUGGUUAUUAGUCCACACGGGUUUGCGUUGGGAAACAGUAAUAUACAUGAAAUAUGUACAUCAUGUUGUAUAAGCUUUCUGCCAAGAGUUGCGUUUACCUUCAACAUCAGAAGUUCAAGAUCUGUGGGCAGGAGGUUUCCGUGAACGGAAACAACGAACUAUUCUUGUCUUCUUUCAGCAACAUAUGAACCCUUCGCCGUUCGAUAUUCUUACUGCUUAUCUUCGUGUAAUCCGAUAGCUUCGAUUUGGCAAUUACUACUGUAUUAUAUGUAAUCCAUCCUUUUUUUUUGGCGUUGGAUCCUAUUCUUGUCCCCUGUUCACUGCACCUAUUUAAGGGAAGUUUGCACCAGGUUAAUUACAAUCUUUUACCGUAGACAUUUUUUUCCAAAGCAUUCUUAACUGUACGUGAGUGUAUAGAUUUAUUGUCUAAUUUCUUUUAUUAUUACACAUGUCGUUUAUGUGUUUA